CCAGUUUGCCCGUAAGGAUGGAUUUGCACCGGAAGUGAAACAAAACCAGUUUAGUUGAAGCGAAAGGUAAAACUGACAACAUUUUCUGUACGUAUAUUGUCCUAACGAGAUCUUACAUCAGAGAGCUGUUGUCUACCCCUGCUCAAACAAUGUCUGACAGAGGCGGGCGAGGUCAUGAGCCGGUGGGAUUGGACGGUCUACCUCCGCUGCACAGCAUUGCCAAAGGAGAGGUAGUCUCUGUGCAAAGUUAUGGAGCAUUCAUCCGACUGCCAGGGUACAGGAAACAAGGUUUGGUUCAUGUGAGCGAGAUGUCUGCCUCCAGAGUUGAAAACCCCUCUGAAAUCGUUGAUGUUGGGGAACAAGUGUGGAUCAAAGUAAUUGGGCGAGAGAUUCAAGGUGACAAAGUGAAGCUUUCCUUCUCCAUGAAGGCUGUAAAUCAGGGGACCGGACAGGACUUGGACCCAAACAAUGUUAUGGCAGAUCAGGAUGCGAGGCGACGAAGGCAGUUCAAAGAUCAUACCAACAACAGGAUCACUCUGGAGGCUGUGCUCAACACAACGUGUUCAAAGUGUGGCUGCAAAGGUCACUUUACAAAGGAUUGUUUCUCAGCUCCGGGCUUGCAGUACGCUCUUGUGCCAGAAGAGGACAAUGAAGAGACACAACAGCAGCAGCAGACAGCCAGCCAAAGACCACAGCAGGAUUCAGACAUAAAGAAGAAGAAAAAGAAGGAAAAGAAAAUGAAGAAGAAGAAAAAGAGGGAGAGAAAGGAGUCAGAGAGCGGCAGCAGUGACAGCAGCAGCGAAUGUAAACCGAAAAGGAGGCGUCAUAGCAACAGUCUGGACAGACAGGAUAAAAAGAAGAAGAAACACAAGAAACAGAAAUCACAUAAACACAGCUGAGGCAAGCAUUUAAGAAAAGAGCCCACAUUCAGUGAGACCACCACUAUCUGCGCAUUUUAAGUGUUGGUGGGGGAAAAAAGCGAACUAUAGUAAUUUCUGUAGCAAUCGAGCAAUUUUAUUUUGGCGGUAUGCCUUUUCCUGUGAAAGCAAAAAGGAAGAUGCUUUAAAAAAAAAAAACUGGUCAUGUGAUCAUCCCCGUUUGUCCUGUAGUAACCUCUGACGCCCACAUUGAGACCAGAAUACGUAUCUUGUGUAAUCAAAUAUGUGUAAAUGAUAUGGCAGCAGGAGCCAGUGGUCUUUUUGAAAUUCAGAUAUUGUUUACUGCUAUCCGGUUUCUAAUGCUGGGGGAAAAUCAAUGAACGUGGAAAAGCUGACAGGAAACACAGGAAAUGUCACAAACGUUACCGCACCAGGAUCCUCGUGUUAUGGGGACAUCCGAUUUCUGUUUAUAGGGCAUUGUACAUGCAUGUUUUUGUGUGAGUGUAUCCUAAACUGCUGACUCCAUUAAAGCAGUUUUUUACCUGUAAAGGCCA